CACGUUUCAGCGGCCGUGGGCGUAUCCUUUUACUGUGAUUGGAGGGAGGACGGGAGAGGAAGCACGUGCCCGAGCCGGGCGGAAGUGGCGCCGUGGGCCAUGUACUUCCCUUAUUUGUAGGUUGAUUGGAGAGCUGAUCGAUGUGUAGAGCUCAGCUUUGGAGCCUGAGAUGGAGUCUGUCCUGCUGGUGGCUCCAAUUACUGCACUGGAGUUUAUAGGCGACUAUCUUCUUGCUGGUGAAGGGCCCAACCUUACCGUCUACAGUAUAAAAGCCAACGGUACGAACCGACCCAGAAUUCAGCAAAAUGUGCUGGGAGGUUACACCAUACAUGGCAUAAAACCUACUUCCGCAUCGUGCCAGGCACAAGAUGUAUGCCAACUUUGUGUGUUCGGGAGCAAAGGGCUGACUGUCCUGGAGUUCAGCAUCACUGACCAACAUGUAAACCUGUCUCAAGUCUGUUGCCUUCGGUGCCUCCACGAUUGGAUAUGGGACGUCCAGUGGCUUCAUGAAGGUCCACAAACAGCGACCUACUUGGGCUUAGCCUUGGGCCACAAUUCAGUGGCUCUUUAUGAUUAUAAGAGUGGGAGGGUCUUAAAGGAAGUACACUGCGCUGAGAAAUGCAUCUUGUAUUCUGCCCAUUUUGUGGGCAAAACCUGGCAGGAGCUUACUCUGAUCUCUGGGACGGUUUUCAACCAACUGGUUAUUUGGGGAAUGUGCGACCAGACAAACGGCGAAGGAAGAGUGGAACCUCGAAGAAGGAUAAGUGGCCAUCAAGGUGUGAUAUUUAGCAUCUUCUAUGAAAAAGUUAAAGGGAUGCUGGCUUCAGCUUCUGAUGACCGUAGCCUCAGGGUGUGGAAGGCUGGAGAUCUUGCAGACUCUGAAUCGGACAUCCAGUGCCUUCUUGUGUUGUAUGGACACCAGUCCCGGGUGUGGUCUGUCAGACUUCUCCAAGAAAACAUCGUCAGCAUUGGAGAAGACUCGGCCUGUAUCAUCUGGAACUAUACUGGUGAUAUUGUUCAAAACUUUAAAGGCCACAAGGGUCGGGGUAUCAGGGCAGUUGCUGUCCAAGACCAGCUUGGUUGGGUGGCUACGGGCGGAGCAGACUCUGGUAUUAGGAUUUGGCAAAUAAAAGGCAGAGCGCCUUCAUCUAAUGGGCUUGUAAACUUAAAUUUUAAUUCCUCUGAAAGAAUUGGAGUGCCAAAGGCAAUUGCAAUGAUAGAUACAAGCUGUCUUCUGGUAAUGACAGACGUGGGUUCCAUAUACAUGAAUGACCUUCUAAGCAAUCAAUGGACUUUUGUCCUGGCGGAUGAGGCCUAUCGCUCAUAUAGUCUUCUGGACGUGUUCAAAUCUUCAACGAACAUUCUGUGUGCCAUUGGCAAUAUAGCAGGGGGUGUUAAGAUCUUCUCCGUGCCCUUCAGUGGUAGUUGCCCAGAGCUUAAGCUUUAUGAUGGAAAAGUCCACAGCUUGACCUGGGUUCCAUCACCAUGCUUGUCGCCAGACAGGUGUCAUCUUUUCAUUUCAGGUCCCAACGGAGUUAUGAACUGGCUUGAAGUCGCAUUUAUUUCAGGCAAAAUACACUCCAUCUCGGAGAAGGGGUGUUUCAAUUUGCCAACCUGCAAGCAAAGGUGGCACACAAGCAUAGCCUUUGUGCCUACCGAAAAUGUGAUAGUUUGUGGUGACCGCAGAGGGUCGCUAAUGCUGUUAUCAAUGAAGGUUACUGGAAUAUGUCAAGGUAACGAUGCAACGGGUACACCUUCAACAAGUGAUUGUCCACCAUCUACUGGUUCCUCAGUAGAUCUGGAGGGAUGCUUGUUUCCUAUGGUGUUCAGUCUACCAGAACAAAGAGAAGAUCCCGUUUCUGUUCUUUAUGGAAUCCAUGGUAAAUUAGGGGUAACCUCAGUCACCUACCAUGAUGGCUUUGUGUAUAGCACCGGCCGUGAUGGACUCUACCGUCAGCUGAAGAUCGAAGGAGGCCAGUUAAUUCUACUCCGCAAACUGAAGUCUUGCAAAGGCAUGGAAUGGAUUGAACGUCUAUUGUUUAUGCGGGAUGGCAACUUACAGAUCCUCGGCUUCCAUUCCACUGACUUUGUGGUCUGGAGCGCCAAAACCAACGAGAAGCUUCUUUGCGUCCCAUGCGGUGGAGGACACAGGUCCUGGAGCUACAAGAAGAAAGGUCCUAGAGAAGUUUUUGCCUACAUCAAAACUGGUGAUGUAUUUGCCUACCAGAGCCAGCCGUUAGAAACGUUACAAAGUGUCCUGAAGGAGCCGUUGCAUGGCCGAGAAUUGACUUGCAUCAAGUAUGCUGGAAAUGUGAAACUCAAAGAGAAACGCAUCCGCAUUCUGAUCACAAGCAGUGAGGAUACCACAGUGAAUGUUUUAGCUUUUAAUGAGGUUUCCAAAGAGAUUUGGCAGAUUUCAACCAUCAGUGACCACCUAUCCAGUGUGAGGACGUUGGCUUUGGCCAAAACCAAUUCUCAGUCACUGGAGAAUGGCAUCCUUUCCUGUGUGCUCUUCACUGCUGGGGGUAGAGCACAGAUAGAGUGUUACCGUCUUCUGGUCCAAGCACAGGAGGAUGAAGGUCAGGUUACAUGCCAGGUCAUCCACUUGGCCUCCCACAGGCUGGACGAACACUGGGACAGGAUGAAGAAUAAGCAUCGAAUGAUUAAGGUGGAUCCAGAAACCAGGUACAUGUGUAUCCGAGCCCUGGAUGACGUUGUGCUGGGACGAUCCUCCUCUGGUCUUUUCCUGGCAGCUGCCUGCAGUGACGGAUCUGUGAGGUUUUUCAUGAUGUGUGAGGAUUUGCGGAAGAUGAUUCUGGUGGCGGAGACCUUCUAUCACCAGCGCUGUGUGAUGAAAGUGGAGGCGUUUGUCCACCGAUCUGCGGACUCUGACAGAGUCUGGCUGUGCAGCGCCUCCACUGAUGGCCGCAUUGCAUUCUGGGAUGUAACCAGCACUGUAGGUUGUGCUCACAAGUUGCUGGACAAUGAAUACACAGAUGGGCGACCUUGGGACUUGGGAUCGGCCUGCUUCACCCUCUCCGCCCACCAGUGUGGCAUCAAUAGCUUACACAUACGGAACACAAUGGAGGGUCAGUUCCUGCUGGCCAGUGGAGGAGAUGACAACUCCAUCCAUGUUUGUAAGCUGGAGCUGGAUGGUAAAUCUAAGGACGGACAGACGGGUGGAGUUCGUCUUCUCCAGUCCUUCUCCAUCACCUCUGCACAUGCUGCUCACGUCACCGGCCUGCGCAUCCUGCGGCACGACCUCCUGGCCUCGGCCUCUGUGGACCAGCGCCUGACCCUGUGGAACCUCAGUGCAGACGGCCUCCAGCACCUCACCACCAGGUUCUGUCACGUGGCCGACGUGUCCGAUCUGGAUUGUUGGACGAGCGGGGGUGGAGGACACUGGUGUGUGCUUUGUGGGCAAGGACUGGAGAUCGUGGUGUGCAAACACUCAACGUGACAUUCCAUUGUGAUUACGUGUAUAAGAAAUAAUAUGCAGGAGUAGAUCUGCAGCAUUCGUAAACAAUAAAUCUGAUUUUUAUCUGCUGGA